AUGUCUUCCCCAGAAAAGGAUGCCUCGCAAGUGGCUGUAGACCAAAAGUCUGUAGGCUCAGUAGUCGAGUUCAAAGACCCAGCUCAGCUUGAGAAACGUUUCAGUCUCUGGAGCACUUGCGCUUUGCAAUACUCAUUGAUCUGCUCUCCUUUGGCAUUAGGAACUUUCUUAAGUACUGUCAUUGGGGUCGGUGGGUCCCCGGUGUUGAUAUACGGAUUCAUUCUCUCAGCUACUAUGAGUUUGAUCAUCUGCUGUUCAUUGGCAGAAUUGGCUUCCGCAUAUCCUCAUUCUUCAGCUCAGGUCCAUUGGACAUACUGUUUGGCUCCCAAAGCGUAUAAGAGAGUGUUGUCGUUUGCUUCAGGUAUUCUCUCGUGUGCUGGUUGGAUCUUUGCUUGCAUCAGCUCUACAUAUGUUGCAUCCAUGUUUAUUCUUGCUUUGGCUCAGAUAUACCAUCCGGAUUACGUUCCUAAAAACUGGCAUUACUACCUUGUAUAUGUUGCAAUUAUUGUAGCAGGGUACCUCAUCAACGUAUUCUUCGUCGUCAUCUUGCCAUACAUGAUUGACGUGUUGGUUGCCAUCAUCAACUUUGCUACUCUUUUUGUCAUCAUCACUUUACUUAUAAAGUCUGAUCCUAAGCAGUCCGCGAAAUUCGUGUUCAAGAAUAUCAUCAACGAAACAGGCUGGUCCUCUAAUGGGGUGGUAUUCUUCUUGGGACUUCUUCCAAGUAUUGCCAGUGUAUGUUUGUUUGAUGGGGCUGCUCAUAUGACUGACGAAAUUGCCGAACCAGAAAGAAAUAUUCCUUUGGUCAUGGUGAUUUCCAACAGUGUUUCUGCAGUGGUUGCACUUUUCGCAGCCAUUGUCUACAUGUUCUGCAUUGUUAGUAUGGACAACCUCAGUGUCCCAUUAGGUGGGCAACCAAUUGUUCAGUUGAUGUAUGAUUCUUUCAGUUCUAAGACUCUCACUACCAUUGGUGUCUUGUGCUUCAUUUUUACCUUUGUAGGUUCCUCCUUCACUUACUACACUUCCACUUCUAGACUUAUCUGGUCAUUUUCAAAGUCCAAGGGUCUUCCUUUUGGAACUUACUUUGGAAGAGUAUCGCAAACUCUCAAGACUCCAGUAUAUGCCUUGACGUUUGUAACUCUAAUCUGUGCCAUCCUAGGUACUAUGAUCAUGGGAUCUUCUACGGCAUUGUAUGCUGUGCUUGGUUCAGCCAUGGUCUGUGUCAAUCUCUCCUAUGUUCCACCAAUAAUGUGCUUAUUGACAAGAUCCAAGUUCUCGAUGUCUCCCUACGUUAGGUUUGACAACCAGGAUAGUCUGGUCGCAGCUGUCUUGAAAGAAGGAAAGAGUUUGCCCUACUUCUCCUUGGGUAAGCUCGGUAUGCCUUUAAACAUCAUCUCUGUGUUGUGGAUCUGCUUUAUCAUGAUAUGGUUGAACUUUCCCAUCUACUAUCCUGUGAGCACUGCCAGUAUGAACUACGCCUGCGUCGUCUUGGGCUGCACUGGUAUCUUUGGUCUUGCCGUGUGGUUAUUCUAUUCAGCCAAGCACUUUGAUCAUGACGUGGACUCCAAACAUAUACUUUAG